GGAAACGCGACCGCCGUCUCCCUUUUUGCAACCCAGGUCUUCAGUAUCCCAGCAUGGCUGACGACUUCGUUCCUGCCAACGUCUUUGGCUCCAGCGCUGGAGGCGGUAGUAUGGAUUCAACCUCGCCCUCGUCUCGAGAGACCGAUAAGGACAAAAAUAACUCACCCGAUGACCCAAUGGCAUCCACAACUCUGCUAGGCGGCACAUCGAAAGCCGCCUCGACUCAAGCGAUCGACUCGGAUGACGACGAUCUGUACAUGGACAUUGUCGAUGCAGAGGAAUCAGGAUGGCAGAAGCUGCCGUCUUCUUCUACAGGCGGCGACAACCCUUUAUCAAGCCAUGUUAUCGCUGAUGACCCUCCCAUGGACACUGGCGUCGAUGCAAAGCGUGUUCCCCUUGGCGCCGGGAAGGCUUCAUCUGCGGCGCAGGAUCUUGAUCUUUCUCAUUCUAUCAAAGGCUUGUAUCGCAUCCUCGACUUGAUAAGCGAACAAGGGAGCGGAGGGGGAUUAGUCGACAAGAUCAUCAUAUCGCAGGAUACUUUGCAGGCAUUUGCUAACGAUGUGCAGCCUGGUUCAUUUACUUCUCUCACGAAGGUUGACUUUAAGCUUCUUGAUAACGUCUUGGUGAAACCGCUUGGUAUAUACGGUGACAAGAGAGCGAUUGCCGAGUAUCUUGAGCGGGUCGGGGCUGUGGGAAACGAUAUCUCCACGCAGUUGUUGAAAAAAGAGGACGAACGAGGAAGUGGAUCGCCCUCCCUUCGAUCUGGCCUAUACAUUCUCCGGGUUUCAGCAGCGCAACUUGAAGACAACCGAGUUUAUGUUAUAUACUGGCCGGAAGAUACAACUUGGGACGAUAACGCUAUCUCUUCUGUUCGUCGCAAUAGGAUUACCUUCAUGAGGUACCUGUCGAAGAUCUGCGACCAGACCAUGGCACUCAUGUCCGGCGAAUAUGCCCAGGCGAUCGUCUGGAAGGAGACGGAGGACGACGAUACGUAUAUGGACUCGGACGAUGAGGGUUCUGAGCGGAUGUAUGCGUUCGAAGUCUGCAAAACGAACGAGCAGGAGGAGUCGGUUAAGGUUCGGCCUGGAUUUACGACCCCCUCAUACUCUAUCAUGGGUAUUCAAGAGCGCCCUGACGGGAUGCCUGAGGAUCUGAACAUGAUCCAACCUCGACUUAUCUAUGGCGAGGCCGUCCAAGGACUCAUAACUGCUUGUUAUAAGCCUGCAAAAGAGCAGGUGGAGAGCUUCAAUGACCGUCCAAUGAACAAGACACGGCUCGAAAACUUCAUCAAUGAUCGCGGCAUCCGUCUGAGCUUUGACGACUUGGACCCACGUUCAGUCGUUAACGUGCUAGAAUGCAACCUGAAAGCUCGCUGCCCGCCGUUAUGCAGGAAGUUCAAUAACGAGAAAACUCAAAGUCGCCAACAAAUCUCAUCCGACUUCGAGAGAGAGAAGAGCGAAGCACUUGAUAGGCUGACUCAAGACUUGCCCCGAGUGACGCAGUCACUCCGAGAUCUGAUGAUAGAUGAGAUUCUGAAAGAGUUCCCAACCCUCGAACGAGAGCGCUUACAACAGAGUCCAUCAACAUCUAAAGAGGAUAUAGUUGAAGGAGUUUCACUCGAGACAAUCAGCGCUAUGUACUCCCGAGCGCAAAGCAUCUUCGAGAAAGCUCGAAUCGAUAAACAGCUGGAGACUUUGGGGAAUCAACUUCACGGCGAAAAAGAGAAAGUCUUAGUUGUCGCCUAUCUCUUUGAUACUCAUGAGGGUCUCGAUGAGAAGAAACAGGUCGAACUCGUGGAUAUGAUCCUACACAAUGACGACAUCAAGCGCAUCCGAAAAGUAUGGGUCGAUUUGUCGAAGGGUAACCGUGUGGACGAGAAAUCCCGAGGUCUUAUCAAUGGGUUCAUUUCGUCGUUAAAAGCCCUUGUGCCAACGUUUGACGCUAGCCCUACUGGGGAGGACACUUUUAAAGAUGCCAUAAACGAGGCGCGCCGGACUCUGGACUCAGAAUUCGUAGCUAACCUUGGUACUAUCGCGUCGCGUUGGCCAGUCUUGGAGGAAGCCGUGGACGCCGUUACCUCAUCAAUCUACGACCACUUCAAUGGGCACCUGCGGAAGUUGUCAACCAAAUAUGCUCACGAAACACUGCACAUUCAGCAGGAGGAUUGCGCGAAGUGGCUCAAUGCCAAACAGACCGCUCGUGAGGAACAGGCCGAACGUGACUUGUGUUCUGUCUUUAUCAGCGAACUAAACCAGCACUUCGCGAAUGUGUCGUCAAAGCAAGAGUUCCAUGUCCAGAUGGUCGUAGAUGAUAAUUCCCCUUACUCCCGCAACCGCUCCUUCCGCUUUACAGGGUACAUCGCCACAACUGAGGACCCUAAGAUUGAAUACAGUGUUUAUCCGAUGCAUCUGACCACCGAAGAGCGUCAUAACAUACAACUUGACCCGUCGUUCAUUCCUACACCUCGCCCUGGACUUGCACACAGCUUCUCUUUACCAAUGGGAAAUGACAUUAUAUAUCUACAGUUUCUCGAGAACGAAGAUCUUCUGUUCAUCACAAGCGACCGCAUGGGAAACGUGCAAGUGUAUUGCGAGCCUUUGGACGCGUUAGAACGAGCAAUCAAUCAUGUUCGCUACAAGAAACAGCUCAGUCACGACAAAAUUGGCGACGACUUCCUCAUCACCUUCAAUGAAAGCAAGCAGACGCUCGCUGUUUUCGAAUCUCAAAAGCUGCAGCUACAUAUAUUUGUCUUUGAUGAAGGUGCACGGGCGUUGAAAGCUUCAGGCAGCACCAUCAACCUUGCACCCUGGUACGACGGCACGGUGACGAUUCGACAUGCCUGUUUCAUCUGUGGCGACGAAGAGGUACUCCUCGUCGAUUCGAACGCUCGUGGGAGGAUUUUCUCCCUGCUCACGAUGCAGUUUAGACCCGCAUCCCUCCAGUUUGCUUCAAUGCCAACCGCGAUCCAGUCAUCACCCGACGGUUCUUGUUUCCUGGCGUUCAUCCCCCAGGACUCGUCGUUCCGUAUAACAGCUUACCACUGGGCGACUUUCGGGUCAAACGAGGGAACACAGCUUGCCAUCAAUGACUUAGGCCUAGAUGACGAUUGCGUACUGACUUCGUUUGGGUCAAGGAACUCAGUCCAUCUGAUGAAGCUAGACACCGAUCCUCAGAACUGUAGAUCCUUUGCUCUGGAUAUAACGCGGAAGUCUACCGAGUUCACGUUCAGAGCAAAGGGUGGCACUGCGGCGUCCUCUACGGAAAAGGGAAAUGGCACCCUGCAUAACUGCUUAGUCGACUGUCACUCCGACGUCUGGACCCGAUUCCCCGUCCUCCCCGCCGUCCAGCGCCAGGCAAUCACCCGGGCCAGCUCGAGGCAUUCCAAGUCUCUGACGUUCGUAUCUGACUUCGGUCAGAGGCGGUUCGAACCGCAUUUCAGCGAGCUCAUCCAAACUUUCGAGAGGACCACUCGAAAAUUGUCGGGGAACGAGCUUCGCUCCAUCGCCGUGACUUCCAUCACGUUCAACGACUUUUACGCUGCCCUCGGGGAUAUUUCAAGCUUCCAAACUUCAGAAUUCCGAGCUGGCGAAUGGCUCGUGGAGUUGCUGUGCCUCAUCCCUAUCCAUCUCGCGGUCACCAAGGACAAUAGGUUCAUCCCACUCAAGGACGGCGUUUUCUCCCCUGAGCUAGAGAAAUCUCUCUUGGGUGCCGAGGUUGGGCGUAUUGUCGAUGCGCUCUCGUUCGGAUGGUACGAGUCCAUAUUUCAGUCAUAUAUGGCGUCGAAGCCCGUGAAGGUCGUCUCGUCUAUGGGAGAGCAGUCCGUUGGGAAAAGCUUCAUGCUCAACCAUCUAGCAGACACCUCUUUUGCUGGCUCCGCCAUGCGCACUACGGAAGGUGUAUGGAUGUCAGUGGCGCCUACAGAGGACGCUUUGAUUGUAGCCCUUGACUUUGAAGGAGUUCACAGCAUUGAGCGUUCCGCGCAAGAGGAUACACUACUCGUCCUAUUUAACACGGCCAUUUCCAACCUGGUCCUCUUCCGGAACAACUUUGCUUUGAGUCGUGAUAUCACAGGCCUAUUCCAGUCGUUCCAGUCAAGUUCGACGGUACUCGACCCCGCCGCAAAUCCGAUGCUCUUCCAGUCGACACUCGUCAUCAUUAUAAAGGACGUGGUUGACUCAGAUAAGAUGGAGAUUACCAGGGAAUUUUCUCUCAAGUUCCAUAAGAUUGUACAAGAUGAGCAAGAGUCGAACUUCAUCUCUCGUCUUCACGGAGGAAAGCUUGAUAUCAUCCCUUGGCCGGUGAUCGAAUCCAAAGAGUUCUACAAGCUCUUCCCCAAACUAAAGAAACGGUUGGACCAGCAGAACGUCACGCACCAAACGGCUGGACAGUUUUUGCAUACUGCUAAAACUCUGAUGGCAAAGCUUAAGGCCAAUGAUUGGGGGGCAUUAUCUCACACUAUGGCGUCUCACCGAGCGUUGCUCCUUCGUGCUAUGCUGUCGAAUGCGCUUGAGUCUGGUUUUAUUGAGAACGGGGCUGAAAAAGAGCCGUUGAAGAAUCUCGACACGGACGAGUUCAUCGCUUUCAAUGACACGCCAGCGGUAUUUUCUGUCAGCUCCGGAGAUUCUGGCCGCGAAGCUCGUUUGGCCGCGCUUGAACGGACUUGGGUUCGAUUUUCGGAUCGCCAACACGUCGCAGAUGAAGAAUGGCUUGAAGGCCUAGCAUCACAUCUCAACCAACUCUUAUCUCUUAGAAUCGAUCGCGUACGUGACUGGAUCUCCUCCAAUCUCGCACGAUUCCAGGCCGUUAGCCAUGAGUCAAUGGAGGAGCUCAAACGAGAGUUCGAGAACUCGACGGUGGAUAUGCGAUCCAACAUCCAGUUGUGUGGAGGACAGUGUGUAUCAUGUCAUCUGCAGUGCAUUCAGAGUCGCUUGCAUCAGGGUCUGCACGACUGCAAGACUGAUCACAAAUGUACCCACGAUUGUAAUUUCUGCGAAGACGAGGACAAGAUGUGCGGAAUGAACGCUGGACACCCGGGCAAACACAUCUGCGUUGUGGCAUCGCAUCUGUGCGGUGAGCCUUGUGACUUCUCCGGAAAACAAGGCUGCUUGGAGGCCUGCACAAAGGUCAUUGACCACGAAGACGAUGAACAUCGAUGUGCUGCACCAGUUCAUGCCUGCGGGAAGCCUUGUGAUCUAGAAGGCAUUGGACUACCCGAUGGCUCAGCCUACAGCUGCCCAGGGACAUGCUCCGUUUCGAGCGAUCGUGAGCAUACUCAGCAUCGUUGCGAAACCCGGAUGUGUCCGAUUAGCUGUUUGCUCUGCAAGAGAUUAUGCUCUCACGCGGACCAUUUACACGGCCUUCAUCGAGGAGCCAUUCAUCUUUGCGGUCAAGAGCACUCCUGCAAUUGCAUCUGCUCCAGACAAGGUAUUUGCGAGAUCGACACCGCACCCUUGUCGAUUGAAGCCACGUUCACUGGGAGACAUGAGACGUUCCAGUACACAAAGUAUUCUCAAGUAAACAAACGGCUUAAGUGUGUCAAACCUAUCCCGGCUGGCGCUACAGAGCACACCGGCGAUCAUACUCAUAGUAUGGACUCAAACGUCAUUCACUUCUGCGAAAAGAGGUGUGAGCACUGCGGAUACUUCUGCACGCAGCCACUAGGCCACCCUCAACCAGAACAUGAAACACGACACGGUUCGAUGUCUCAAACGCGCUGGGCAAUUGAUGGUGAUGAGGGCACAACAAUCGAAGUCGAGGGCCGUAGAUACGCCGCGAAUGACGAUGGCGCACCUAUGAUGUGCAAUCUGGUCUGCCAGUCUAUGGGCCGGCAUACUCAUUUCUCGUAUUGCCGCUCUGCGACUGCUGCAGAGUGUGCUGGGAAUGACCAGAUCCAGCAUAUUUCGAAGCGCAUGAACCCGGAUCCUAACCGCCCCAAAGACUUCAUCACACAUGGUCUCUUCUGGGGGAGAAGUGGAUUCAAAGAUCCAUACUCCAGAGAGGAGCAAGCGAACUUUGCGAAAUGUGACGCUAUGUGUGGAGGACCCGAACACACGGCUCCUGGAGCGAUGCCUUCUUACUGCACCUUACCGAUGUUCCACCCUCCCAGGGAUCCAACGACUGCGCCAGCGACUGGAUAUGUAUCUAGCGAUGGCCACAUGUUUACGUGCAGAAACCCGGUUGUGCUGCAACAAGCCUUCCAUGUUAUCUUCGCCAUCGAUCGGUCCGGCUCAAUGGGAAGCACGGACCGUACCCCGCUCCGGGAUACACCGACCUCCGCGCAGAUCAGUCGAAAUUCUAACAAUAGGCUCGGCGCAGUCCUCUCUGCGGUAUACUCAUUUUGGGCUGCAAGACACGCAGCCAUCACUGCCGGCGGGCACCAGGCCAACAUGCGACGCGACUCGUAUAGUGUCAUACUGUUCGAAAGCGAUAUAUCGACUGCGCUGGUCAAUGACUUCGGGAGCUCCCCCGAGCAGCUGCUCAACAUGUUGCUUCCGUACCGAGCAAGGGGCGGCACCAACUUUACAGGGGCAAUACGUCAAGCUCAGGCGAUUAUGGAAGGCCAUUGGAGUACUGAAAGAACGCCGGUUGUCGUCUUCCUCUCUGAUGGAGAGUGUCACAUCGAAGACACGGUCACCCAGGAUCUUUGCCGAUCCGCUAUCAGGCUUGGGAAACCUGUCUCUCUGCAAACCGUGUCUUUCGGACCAGACCGCGCCUCAAUGUCCCUGCGUCGAAUGGCCCAGAUUGCCGCCGACGCUCAGGCCACUGCCCAGCGCGACCCUCUCGCUCCUGCAGCGGCCUCAAUCAUUUCUGCGUUCUCGCAGGCAUUGGAUUCCGUUCAACUCGCCGACACAUUCUUGGGGAUAGCCGAGUCGUUGAAGAAGCAGAGGGGGUCUCUUAUUAACUGAAAACAUCAUAUAUUCCAAAUUUUCAUUUCAUCAAGAUUUUUCUUGUCAUACUGCUUAUCAUGUAUCCUGAUCGAGUCUCGUUAGAAUGUGUAACUCAGUAAAUCGUACGC